AGUUAUAGUUUAUAUUAAAAUUCAAAUGUUUUUUAAUAAAUUAAAAAUUUCACCCAGUAAUACCUAAAUCUCUUUAAAUGGCGCAACAAUUGCCUGCAAUGCUUGGGCAAAAGUCAAUUAACCUAAACGACGAUUCUGUACGUUUUCAAGUCGAAUUAGAAUUCGUACAAUGUCUCUCUAACCCCAAUUAUCUAAAUUUUAUCGCCCAACGGGGAUAUUUCAAGGAAUCCACAUUUGUAAACUACCUUGAGUAUUUACUAUACUGGAAAGAGCCGGAAUACGUGAAGUAUCUUCGCUACCCACAAUGCCUUCACAUGCUUGAGCUUUUACAACACCAGGAGUUUAGAAAUGAGCUGGUUAACGCACCAUGCGCAAAGUUUAUCGAAGACCAGAUGUUACUACAUUGGCAGUUUUACACAAGGAAGAGAAUUCGAGUACAGCAGAGCAUGGUCGAACAAGCGAGACAAACCGGACAAAACAACGAAAACAGAGGCGUUUUAAAUCAACCACAACAGAAAACUUAAUAUUAAAUGAAUAAAUGCAACAGUUAAUGUGUUAUUAGUUAUUUAGGAUAUUCAAGAUAACGCAACAAAUAAUUAAAAUUGAGGGGUUUUAAAUCAACCUAGCAAAAAACUUAACGUUAUUUAAUAUAUUGUUGUUUAUCGGGAUUCCAGACAACAAAUAAAAUCAUGGCAACUUUAAUGCUGUUGUUUGAUUUGAUAAUAACUUAUUUUCUUAAUGGGAUUAUGAAUAAAUUUGACUUUAUCUUUUUGUUAUUAUUUUCCCCAAUAAAAUAAACUGAAAAUAUUA